UCUUUUUUUUUUCUCUCUCUUUUUAACAAAAUGACAGACACUCUCACCACUCCGCUGCCUUCGACCCCGUCGUCAUCAUCAUCAUCAUCAUCAUUAUCAUCAUCAUCAGCAGGAGUCGCUGGAGCAGGAGCAGCAGGAGCCGGUGCUGGCGUUGCAUUGGCCAACUCGAAUCCGCUCGCUCGCAAGCUAGCCAAGCAACUCGGCGCUCAGCUCGACCAGAACAAGCAAGCGGUCGCUGGACUCCGCGCGCUGUCGACGUUCGUUGAAGACAACACGCUGCACACGCGACGCAAUCUGCGGUCGGCGAUCGAGGCGCAGGCGCUGAGCGUCCACCGCGAGCUCGCUGCGUCGCUGGGCCAGGUCGACGCGGCACUCGACGCCGCUGCGCAGGAGGUCGCGCUGAUGGCCGCGUGCUGCAGCCAGAUGACAGACAGACUCAACGCUGCAACGUCCAAGACGGCGACCUUGCUCGAGGUCACCAACAAGCUCAACUCGGAGAGCGCCCGCGUCGAGCUCCGAUCAGAGGUCAUUGCGCGGUUUCUCCAGCGAUUCCAGCUCACUGCUGCCGAGACUGCUGCGUUGUCAUCGUCGUCGGCUGGAUCGGGUGCUGGGUCUGGAUCUGCUGGUGCGGCUGCGGCGGUGCCGGUUGUCAACGAAGCACUCUUCUCUGCACUCGCUCGCGUUCGUGAAAUUCAUGCAGAGUGCAAGAUUCUCGUGCAUUCGACGCACCAGCGCGCUGGACUGGAGAUUAUGGAGCAAAUGUCGCUGCUGCUCGAAAGCGGCUACGAAAAGCUCUUCCGAUGGACGCAGCAUGCCUGCAAACAGCUCUCCAAGGAUCUCGCUGAGGUGACGCCGAACUUGCGAAGCGCGUUUGUCGCUCUCUCCGACCGGUCUGUGCUGUUCCAGUAUUGUAUUGACGAGCUCGCCAGCUCGAGGCGUGUGGCGGUGCAACGCAUGUUUAUCGACGCAUUGACGCGUGGAGGACCUGGAGGCACGCCUCGCCCAAUCGAGCUGCACUCGCACGAUCCGAUGAGAUAUGUGGGAGAUAUGCUUGCGUGGCUGCACCAAACUGUGGCGUCGGAGCGCGAGUUUUUGGACAGCUUGCUGCUGCCUCCGCGAUUGGCGGCCCGUGGCAGAACUCAGCGUAGUGGUGCCUCGGCGCCGCUUGCCUCGCGAUCUGGCUCACUUCCGGAUGCUGACCAAGGCCAGCGAGAUUCACAGGAGCAAAAGCGAUUGGAGUUGUCGAAAAUCAUCCAAAAGACGCUGGACCAGGUCAUGGAAGCGACUUGCCGACCUCUGAAGGCGCGAGCCGACCAAGUCUUGCUUUCUCAGCCAGGCAUCGUCGUGUGCUUCAAAUUGACAAGCUUGCUCCAGUUCUAUGGGGACACGAUCAAGCAACUGAUGCCUGAGGAGAAUGCUUUGUGCGCAAUUAUUCAAGGAUUGCGGCAACUCGCCAUCAAGGUCCUAUUAGAUGCUUUGAGCAUUCACGCGCGCAAACUCUUGUCAUCCGGCGAGACGCCAAAUGCCGAUCUCACUCCUCCACAUUCAUUCGUGACCACACUGACUAUGAUGCGCGAUAUUCUGGCUUCCCAUGAUGCUUCUUUGGUGGUCUCGGAUGCCGCGCGCCAAGCAGAGUUCUCAACCAUCCUCGCGCAACUGGUCGACCCCUUGCUGCAGUUCUCGGUUCUGUCGGCCGCUCCACUCGAAAGCUCGGCGCGUCCAGUAUUUAUUUUGAAUUGUCUUUACGCGCUUCAGACCACGCUUUCGUUGUACGAGACCACACAGUCGCAUAUUUUGGAAGUGGAUAAGCAAAUCAACGUCCACUCCGCUGCCAUUGUCAAUGAAGCGGCCACUUCUGUGUUGGUACGGUCGGAAAUGGCAGGCAAGCUCGCCAUGAUGCGCACGGCAGAUCCAACGGUCCCAUUGUCAAGCAUCCCGAGCAUGGAUGCACUGUCCAUGCGCACCGUGCUGCUGCAGUUUGAUCGGUUGAUUGCCUCUCCAGAUGUGAUUUCCGCAGCGCUGGCGGGCUCUGAAAAAAUUGCCAGCCCGCGUUUGCAAUCUGCCAUUCACGCGCAAGUUGCUGGCUUGCUGAUGGCCGCCUACGACUCGAUCUACGAGGCAGUUGCUGAUCCGCGCAAUGGCUACGGUGCUGUCGAUACGAUUGCGCAUCGGACGCCUGCUCAAAUCAAGUUGUUGCUGGGCAGCUAGACGUUGCGGAAUCCCAUUUUCUUCUCGUCCUCGUGUUGCUUGGUGGUUGAUGUUGUAUUUAAUAAUUCCAUCGUCGCUCUGUGUGUUUUGUGCCAAUACAACAUGGCCUCAGUC